AUGCAAACGUUAGAAACUCAACGUACAGAUGAUACAAAAAUUCUGCUUGUACUGCCAGCUCAUUUAGCCAGUGAACUUUUACCAGUUGUACAUGACAUUGAAGAAAUCGUUGGAAUUUGUCUGCAGUGUCUAACAACUGAUGUAACAGUCAACGAUUGUCAGCCAUUGUUUAAUAUCUAUCCAAAAUUGCUUGGUGUUUACGAACUUGUUGAAGCAUUAAUAUCCAUCCCACAACAUGUAGAAAGUUUAUCGAAAAAAACGUACGUAUAUUAUCUAUUCGAUAAAGAUUUACAAUCUAUAUUGGAUUUAUCCAAACAUUACAAAUGGUUCACGGCAAAUCGUGUAUGUAAAGAAAAGCGAAUUCGAAGAGUCCCAGCCGAUGAGUUGAAUAAAAAGAAUUUUUUAGAUAUAUGUCGAUCGAUUUAUGCACUCGAUCCUAUACAACUAAAUCAUAUCGUUGAAUUCGAACGUACUUAUCGGUCGGAAGAUGUACUUAAAUGGUAUUCAAAAGACUGUUUUCUAUAUAAAGUUAUAAACAAUUUAUACCGUAGUGAUACUGUAUGCAGUGAUUCUCUGACAGAAUAUGUUGCUAAUGAUCUUACUUUCAAUCUGCAUUUACUAUGGCAAGAGCAACGAGCACAAUAUUUGGCAGUAUCAUCAACACCCAUACAUCUCUACCGUGGAUUAUGCGUACCUGACAUCGAAAUAGAUCGAAUUAAAGCAAGUGUAGGCAAUUACGUAUUAUUUAAUGGAUUUCUGUCAACAUCAAAAUCGUACGAAAUAGCUCGGAUUUUUGCCAGAAAUGUUCUUUGCGAAAUUGAAGUUGAUCCUCAAUUAGAUAAUAUUAUUUUUGCUGAUAUAACACAAUACAGUAAUUUUGAUGAACAAGAAGUCUUAUUCGAUUUAGGAUCAACUUUUUUUCUUUCAUCAGUCCAAUAUGAUGAAGAAAAUGAACUAUGGAAAAUUAAACUAAUUGGUGCAAGUGAAAGCGAAAUAAUUGAAAACCAGCUACAAUAUCAUAACUUUACAUUCGAUGGCCAAGUACAAGUAUUUAUCGGUGACCAAUGGCUGAAAUUCGAACAAAAUGACAAAGCCAUAUCAUAUUAUGAAAAAUCUUUACUAUUAAUUAUAGACGAGGAAAAAAAAGCGGAUGCCUAUUAUAAAUUAGCGAGGGUAUAUUUAUCAAACAAAAAGUUUGAGUAUGCAAUUCGCAAUGCUCUUGAUGCUUAUAGAAUAAAAAUGAGUAUUCAUCCACCAAAUCCAGAAACAAUCGUGAAACUUUUAAAAGUAAUUGGUGUUUCAUACGCAUGUAUAAAAAAUUAUGAUAGUUCAAUGGAAUAUCACUUAAAAUAUCUUAUAUUAAGCGAAUCCUACCGAACAAUAUUCGACAAUACAUAUUAUCAAAACGGUUCGGAAGAAAACUCGGAGUUAUUUUCACACGACUGGGAUUCGUCAACUUUUUAUGAACCUGCAUUAGAACAUCUGCUGGAAACUCUUACAAAAAUACGGGCAAAAAAUAAUGAUACUUUGGCUAUGAUACAUCUUAAUAUUGCCAUACUCAGCGAUGAAAUUGACUUUUUGAACUUUGGAAGAACGUUAGAACAUUUCAACAUGGCUAAGCAACUGUUCGCUACGGACAGCAUCAAUCUUCGGUAUUCAAUAUGGUAUUUUGCUUACACAAAACCAUUUUUUGGGGAAAAAAAUAAUGUCGUUCUCCUUUAUAGAAAACUACUAAAAUUAUUAGACCUAAAUCAUAGUCAAAUAAUUAUGAUAGUUCAUUAUGCUAUUGCAAAAUGUUAUUACGAAAAUAGAAAGUAUAAUCGUGCUCUUCACCAUUUACAUUGUGCUUUAAAAAUUAACGAAAAAUACUCACCUGACGAUGAUCUUAAUGCAAAAACUCUCUAUAUGAUAGGGAUGAUUUAUCAAUGUGAUGAUAGAAUUGAUUUAGCCCUUGAUUUUUUAAACAGAUCUUUAUUGAAACAUAACACAUUGACAAAGAUAAAUCCAACCAAUUAUUACGAUAGUAGUCGUAUUGCGAAUAUAACUGACGCAAUAGGUACAUGUUAUUUGAAAAAAGACGAUUUCAGAAAUUAUGCCAUGUUCACUCGAAUAUCGUUGGAACAUUAUUUAGCAGUUAUGCCAAACGAUUUAGAAAAGCAAGCAGAACUCAAUUUAAGAUUAGCACUCAUACAUGCACAAUCAGAAGAAUAUCAAUUAACUACCGAAUAUUUCGAGAGAUUAUUGUCAAAUCAAGAACGUCUUAUGUUGCAUGGAGAUCGACAUCUUUUGACAAACUACAUGUUUGUAUCGACGAUAUAUCAAUCUUUAAAUCAACUCGAUUCUGCUAUUGCAUCAUCAUUGAAAGCACUGAAUUGGUUGAAAACAAAUUCAUCACCUUCAUUACCAUAUGAUUCGGAAAUAUUAUCUAUUGAAGACCACCUUGUUUUCUUGUAUGGCGAGACACUUGAUUAUCGAUCAGCACUUGUACAUUCAUGUGAAAUGCUUCACAUUUUAGAAAAGAUGAAAAACAGUUCUAAACAACAAAUUGCUUCAGUACAGAAUAAUAUCGGAUGGUUUUAUUGUCAAGGUGAAGAUCUCAACAACGCUUUGAUUUCUUGUGAAAAAUCACUCCAAUUAUUUCAGGAAUGUUUUCCGUCAUCGGAUACUAACCAAAUGAAUCCCGAAUUAUCGUAUGUAUUGAAUAGUUUAGGAUAUAUUCAUCUGAAAUCGGGAGAUCGUACAAAGGCUUUACAUUAUUGUCAGAAAUCACUUGAAACACUUGAACGUGAAAGUGAAACUGGUCAAUAUAUGAAAUCAUUCGCAGACAAUUAUGAACUAUUAGCUGAUAUUUACAUGCAAUAUGAACGACAAACAUUGAGUUUCGAUUAUUAUAUGAAAGCAUUAGAUUUGUAUCGGCAGCUAUAUGCUACCAAGAAAGAUCAUCGCGAUAUCCAACGUGUUCUAACUUCCAUGAAGAACAUAAAUGAAGUUGAGUUUUAA